UAGUGAAAAAUACUUAGAUGAACAGUUUUUAGAAUUGGGGAAGUGUAACUGUACAGGCGACCCUAUCCCUGUAGAGGGAAACUGAAAUUUAUAUCAAACAGUAUGAUGUUGACCUUUCUUAUAUUUACCCAGUCACUUCAGUCUUUCACAAUGGGCCUUUUAUGUCCGUAGUUCCAUUCUAGACACCUUACAGCUCUAGGAAGUUGGGAGAUCCCCUUUCCUAAUUAAUCACUUAGAAAGCAGCGCAUUUUCUGCUUGGCACAUUUUGACUAUUAACUUAUACUGCUGUGACCUGUAUGGAUUAUUAAAUACUUCCCUAUUUAUAUCACUUUGCACCAGUUUGUGUGUUUAUCAGCAUUUUAGCUCAAAUCCGUCCUAGGACAUGGACAUGGCAGGGUGGAGAACCACUUUCAACCACCAGGCUGGAUCAAAAACACGCCAAGCUUCCAUCUAACAAAUGACUAGAGCCAGUCACCUGUCAAAUCACGACAUCGUAUGACAUCAGAUGCACCCAAUCCUUGCUGAAAGCAGUGGGGAUUGUGUUUAAACAGCAAGCCCACCAGCAAAGGAACAAUUGAGCACGUACACACUAAGCUGUAUGUUCUGUGGUUGCCAUGUCCGAUGUCAUGUCGCUACUCAGAACUGCAGGGCAGGCUAAACUGGGUGGCUUAUAACCCCCAGUAAGGGGUGGCGCAGUAAGGCUGGAGGUUCCAUACUAUUGCCAUAUACAAGUGUUGUACCACCGGACCACAGAUGGGGGUUUGUUGGCAUCUGUCUCGAGAGACAAUAGAGUGUUCCUCCAGGGGUGAUGUCAAACUGCUGCAUUAGCAGCACCGAAGAGACCUCCCCAGAGUGCAAGUCUGGGCACUGUAUGGAGGUUCUGGGCCACCCAGACAGCAAGAUUCCCCUCUUGGUCUCGCUGAUGUGGUCCAAAGGAAAGCAGAGCAAUACAUUUGGUACUGGCUUGGCUGCAGGAGUUGCUGGAAGGAGGUGUACAAGGCGGCAUACAACCGUCUUAAGGACUCCACUCUGGAUCUGUGUAGGGCUUUCUCCAUAGCCUUUUCUCCCAAAGAUGUCCCACAAGGCAGCAGGAACGGAUUGUUUAUCAGGGUUUAUUCCCAAAGUCAGUCUCAUGAAUGAGUAUAGCUGCAAGGCAAUGGAGGUUAGGUUCAGAGUUUUCCUUCUCUUGGAUGGGAGUUUACACUUCUGGAAAUUGCCCCACAAACAAUAUACAAGGCCCGAACACAAACGUUGGUUAUAUGUACCUUCCAAAAGUGUGGUUUUUUUAAAUCGGUGGAGUCCAAAGCCCAUAAAAUGCAAGAGAUGCACAUAACAAAGCUGCAAUGCAGUGUAUUUAAAGAUAAGCAGCCCAGUAACCACUGAUGACAGCUUUUCCUUUACCACAUUAACACCUGUAAUGGGAGAGAAGAUCCUUUUCUCAAUUAAGUUCUAAAUGAAUAGAAUCAAAUUUGUUUGAAAAGGAUUGGGGACCUUUUUUAAAAAAAAAUCCUCAGUAAGUUGUCUAAUUUCCAGCUGUUCUCAUAUUUAAAGAGCUGGUAACAGAACAGAGGUAGCAUUGAGAACAUGUCUUAGAACUUUUAUUGAACUCACACUAACUCAUGAUCUUAUUGAAAUGCAGUACUUGCUGGUUAUGAACAGAAAGCAUUUUCAGGGGAGCAUAUGGGGUGCAAAACCUCAAGGAGCUGUGAAGAACAAAAAGAAUUCGAAGGAGAGGUCAAACCUGAGAACACGUUUCAUUUAUUUUUGCAAUUUAUCGACUGUAGUCAAAAUUACAGGGGUUAAAAAACAAACAAAAUUAGAAGGCAAUAACGAACCAAAGGCACUGCACUAUCAUUGAAUCACAAAACACUUUAAGGCAGCAAAAACGAGAAAAUAUAACUUGCAGCAACAAAUAAAUUGAAAACUGACAGCAGAGGAUUAAAAUCUCAUUUAAUAAACUAUAUUUGUCAUAUUUAAUAAUUUAAUAAACACUAUGUGUGUCAUAAAAUGGAGGUCCAAAGCAGGAGAUUGCAAGUCAGUUCUUAGAUGGUACUCAGGAAGCGGAAUACAUUAUCGCAGCUGCGUGAUUACCUACUCCUCGUAAACACCAUUUCCUGCUAACCGCAUCACAGCUGACCCAAGCUCCGCAAGGGAAGAAUGUGAAUCCAGGAACUGACCAAUUGCAAUAAGCAUGGAAGAGGUGGAGUAGAGGGCAGUCGUGCGCACCGGAGGGGCGAGGCGAAAAACCUUGCAGGCAACCGAUUUGGGCCAGGAAAGGGACUGGGCAAAGUGGAGAGCAGUACUGUAGUUAGAAGCAACUCGGAUUGGGAAGGAGCGCCCGUAAACGGUCGCUGUGUUGUCCCUCGAUUCGGGAACAUGCCCAGAUCAACCCUAUUACAGUACUUUAGUUAGGGAAACGAAUGGAUGGGACCACACACCACCUCUUCUUGAUCGACCGCGGUCACGCGCUGCAAGGGAAGAGAACUUCCGCAAUCUUAUGUACACAUCAAACGCAGCACGCAGGCGCGCUUCUCCCUCUGCGCAAAGGCUGCAGGGCGCAGGAGAGUCUCCACUUCCGAGAAACUCUCAGCUGAUCCAGACUACCGUAACUACUUGCAGCUGCGCUUCACAGGGAGGGGGAAAGUCCGACAAGUCGUGCGUAGCUCCCCGCCCGGACCGAAUCACCCAACUGCUUGCAGGGGCUUUUGUGUUUCUCCCUCUGCCGACUCCGCACCGGUGGGCUUUGAUCCCACAUGGCUCGCUCCCGCCCGCUUUUUGCCCAAGAUGCACGCUUUCGCUCCUGCUCCUGGUUGCGCGCUUUCGGUUCUGCUCCUGGUUGCUUCGUGGCAGGUUGGGUCGACGGGGCCUCUUGCCCCGCCGGAGGUGCGCAGCCUGCAGGGGAGCUGGCGGUUGAGCAACGGGAACGGCUCGCUGGUGCUAGGAGGAGAUGUGCCCGGGUGCGUGCACACCGCGUUGCUCCGAAACGGUCUCAUCCAGGAUCCUUAUUACAGAUUUAAUGACCUCGCCUACGCAUGGAUAUCCUUGGAUAACUGGACAUACAGCAGAGACUUCAAAACUCCAUUUGAUAUCAGGACAUGGCAAAAAGUGAGUUUGGUGUUUGAUGGGGUGGAUACAGUAGCACAGAUUGUGCUCAAUAAUGUCACUGUUGGGAGGACAGACAACAUGUUCAACAGAUACAGCUUUGAUAUUACCGAUGUGAUCAAGGAGGUCAAUGCAAUUCAUGUUAAUUUUGUCUCGGCUGUUUGGUAUGCUGCGGAGCAGAGUAAAAAUCACAAAGCAUACAGGGUGCCUCCGGAAUGCCCUCCACCUGUACAGAAAGGACAAUGUCAUGUUAACUUCAUCAGAAAGGAGCAGUGCUCAUUUAGCUGGGACUGGGGCCCCUCUUUCCCUACUCAGGGCAUUUGGAAGGAUGUCAGGAUUGAAGCAUAUAAUCUUUGCCGCCUGCUUUAUUUCUCGGUGACUCCUCAGUAUGUGCAAAACACUCAGCAGUGGAGUCUCAAAAUAGAGCUGGAUUUUGAUGUCAUCAGCUCAAAGCCAGUUGCUGCUCUCACCUCUGUGAGCAUUCCUGAGCUGCAGACGCAGCAGACAUUCACAGUGGAGCUUCGCCCAGGUGAAGGCAGCGUCGUGCUGCUAGUAAACAUAAGUAAGGCUGCAGCACUGGAGACUUGGUGGCCAAGAGGACAUGGGAACCAGACUGGGUACAACAUGACAACUACAUUCAUUGCAGAGGGAGGUUGCAAGAUUGAGAAGCUUUCUAAGGUUUAUUUUCGAACAGUAGAACUUGUAGAAGAGCCCAUUCCUGGCUCACCUGGUUUGAGUUUUUAUUUCAGAAUCAAUGGACUCCCUAUUUUUAUGAAGGGUUCCAACUGGAUUCCAGCUGAUUCUUUUCAGGACAGAGUGACCUCUGAAAGGUUAAGGAUCCUCUUGCAGUCGGCAGUUGAUGCCAACAUGAAUAUGCUCCGUGUUUGGGGAGGAGGCGUAUAUGAGCAAGAUCAGUUCUAUGAAAUGUGCAAUGAACUGGGAAUCAUGAUUUGGCAGGACUUUAUGUUUGCUGUUGCUCUUUACCCAACUGACCACAGUUUCCUAGACACAGUAAGAGCCGAAAUUACUCAUCAGGUAAAGCGGUUAAAAUCUCACCCGUCUAUCAUUUUAUGGAGCGGGAACAAUGAAAAUGAAGCAGCAAUUGCAUACAACUGGUUCUCUAUUCCAAGCGCAAAGAAGAGUGUUUAUGCCGACGAUUAUGUCACACUUUAUGUGAAGAGUAUCCGAGAGAUUGUUCUUGCUGAAGACGAGACUCGCCCUUUCAUUACCUCCAGCCCUACCAAUGGUGUUGAGUCGGCCAAGGAAGGCUGGCUAGCCCAUGCUCCUUACGACACUCAUUUCGGAGAUAAUCAUUACUACAACUAUGUGAGUGACUGCUGGGAUUGGACCACCUUCCCCAGAACACGAUUUGCCUCAGAGUAUGGCUUUCAGUCCUGGCCUUCCUUCAGUGCCCUGGCACAGGUGUCAUCUGAGGAGGACUGGUCUUAUGUGAGCAAUUUCUCCUUCCAUCGGCAGCACCAUGCUAACGGCAAUGACGAAAUGCUUCGUCAGGCAGGCCUCCAUUUUAAGCUGCCGCAGGAAGGAAACCCCCUCAAGAACUUUAAGCAUUCCAUCUACCUCACUCAGAUUAUGCAGGCCCAGUGCAUUAAGUCCCAAACGGAGUUCUAUCGUCGCAGCCAAAGCGAGAUCAUCAACGGGGAGGGGCGCACCAUGGGGGCACUAUAUUGGCAACUCAACGAUAUAUGGCAAGCUCCUUCCUGGGCUUCUCUGGAAUAUGGUGGCAAGUGGAAGAUGCUCCAUUAUUUUGCCCAGCGUUUCUUUGCUCCCUUAUUGCCUGUGGCAUACGAAGACAAAGAUGCUCUCUUCAUAUAUGGAAUCUCAGAUCUUCACGCAGAUCAUGAGCUGACACUCAGAGUCAGUCUGCAUGAUUGGGGUUUGACGGAGCCAGUGUGCACCUUGGCUAAAGAGGGUGUGCUCAUCAAGGGAGGAGCAGCUGUCCCCAUCUACAAGGAGCCCAUCAGUGACCUUCUGAAACGAUGUGGGAAUUGUACCAGGCAAAGCUGUGUUGUCACCUUUUCCCUUGAAGGUGAAGGGAAGCUCUCCAGCCCAAGCAAUUAUCACUUCCUGUCCUCAUUGAAGGAUGCAGUGGGGUUAAAGAAUCCACAACUUCUUGGUUCUGUUUCCCAAGAAGGAGAUCAGUUUCAGAUCAUCCUGGAAGCCACAGCCAUCGCUCCUUUUGUUUGGUUGGAUGCUGGAAACAUCCCAGGAAGAUUCAGUGACAAUGGUUUCCUUCUCACUGAGGAACGAAGAGUCAUACUGUUCUACCCUUGGGGAACCACUAGCGCCAAAGAACUGGAGAAGUCGCUCAGCUUAACAUCACUGACAGACAUUUCCUGAGGAAAGGCCUGAAGGAGGGAGAGGAAGCUGAAUGGAAACGGGAAUGAAACGCCGCAGCAAGAGAGGCACAAAGUAGGACUGUUGAACAUCGUUCUUGUGCCAGCAUCUUCCACACUUGGGACCCUUUUGUUCAGCGGACUGGACCCCAGAGCAAAUCAGCACAGCUACAGAACAAGGUGACCACGUAUGCUAAGAGAGCUUAAUGAAAACAGUGGAAUGAAGUGCAUAGAAUGAUGCUUUAGCGCCCUCAUUUACUUUCCGCUGUAUUCUGGCAUCAGGGCUUUUUAUUUAAGAUGGAAGGAUGUGCUGCUCCAGUAUUGGACUAAGGAGCCAUACUGAUGCACAUUUCAGAUUAUAGGAAAGAUGGGUGGUAGUGGAAGUCUUAGUUAUUGGGGCUAGUCAAGGUGGCACUUCCCUAAGGGUCUCACUUCUCAGAUAGUUAGAGCAGUGCCAAGGCAUGCUUAAAGUUGCAAGGUGGAGAGGCUGCACACACAUCUCACUUAAAAGGUGCUAGGUGCAAAAGUCCAGGAACCACUUGCAAAGUAGGCCUGAUCAGUGUGCUGCUAAAGAUGGCAGGAAAAAAUAGAACAGGAGUGGCUGCAGGCAUAAGCGGAGUAUUUUUUCCUUUGCCACUGCAUAUUCUCAGUCAGCAGCUACUUCAUUGGAAGCAGGUCUUUAAAAUCACUGGCUGUUAAUUUUUGGUUGGCUUGAACUGUGGCACUUCUCAGCUAAGGAUUCCUUCUUUCACUGGUCCACACUGGGUUCAGAGGGUUGGUGGAUGUUUUUGCUGCAACAGAGUGACAGCUAAGUAUUGUGUCAUCUUAAAAAGAGCUAACAGUUGGUUCUCUUUAUCAUCUCUUAUCAUUUUUAUACAUUUAAGCUCUGAAUUUUGCCACAGGCUGCACCAUUGCCAAUCAACUUUUACCUUGGUUGACGAACGGAAUCCGUUCCACACUUGAAUACCAAGGCAUGGCUUCUGAUUGGCUGCAGGAGCUUCCUACACUCAACCGGAAGCUGCGCCAGAUGUUUGGGUUCCAAAGAAUGUCCAGAAACCAGAACACUCACUUCCGGGUUUGUGGCAUUCGGGAGCCGAAACGUUUGAGUUGCAAGGCAUUCGUCAACUAAGGUACGACUGUACAUCCCCUUCAAACCCACAUAAUGGAUGACUGAGGAUCACACCCUGUUCUUCCGAUGAAGUGGGACCUAGUCCAUGAGUGCUUAUGUCAUAAUGCCAAUGUUAAAGGUUUUUUCAGCACCCUUGCCUCUUUACUUGUCAGUCAAAAACAGUAUGCCCAUAGCUGUCAACUCUCCUGUUUUUCGCAGGAAAUCUCGGUAUUUAAAUCCAUUUCCCGCUGUUAUCCCGAAUUGCAAAUCCCCCGGAUUUAUAAGAAAGCAGCAGCUCCUGCUGGCCAGGGAGGCUCCUCAGCUGCAUAAAUGUCCCGGCUCCCGACUGGCUGCUCGCUCACUUGGCUUGCCGAGUGCUGCCGGAAAUCGCCUCUGCGCAGAAGCGAUUUCUGGUGCCCAGACAUGCGGACACAGGCAGCCCGGCACCGGAAGUCGCUUCUGCGCAGGUCUGACAUGUGCUGCUCUGCCCAUGUCUGGGCACCGGAAAUUGGGCAGAG